UGAGGGGCUCGUGCCAGCCGGGGAAGGGGCAGCUCUGUGAUUGGCACAGUAAUCAUGGCUUCCUGACUGGGAGGAGGAUCCUGUUGCCUAGAGACUGCUGAUGGUUUGGAAUACGGGUGUCAUGCUAAGUGAUCCACCCAGAUGCCCCUCUGUAUUUGGCCAAUCGUAGGGCAGCUGAGCUUACAGCCAGUCUCAUUGCUGUCAGUCGGUGCGGGGGGAGGAGGCUGGCACCGGGCAGUAAGGAGUUAACACACGUGUGUGGCUGCACGCUCUCACAUACAGGCAGGAUCAGAGCAACAGUCGGGGGGAUACAGGUGAGAGCGGCUGCCACUAACCCCCCUGUACCCCCUCUCCCUGCCAGCAGGUAGGCGCUGCCAGACAGUGAUGCUUCACCAGAAGACUGUGGGCAUUGGCUGAGCCCCCCCCCCCCCGAGGAAUCAGAAGGUGACCUAUAUCCCCUGCCCUGCGGAUGCUCACAAUUCCCAUGUCACCUUGUGUCGCUCAUUCCCAUUGGCCCGGGGGGAUUAUUCCUUCUUCCGGGAAUCCUGUGCCCGUUGGGAUGUGCUGGGAGGCACCGGCGCCUGGGCGUUUGGCCGUACAGAUUGGGUGGCACUGACUGGGCCAUGCUGGGCAGAUAAGGAUGCCAGUCCGACGGGGCCACGUGGCACCACAGAACACGUUCCUGGACACCAUCAUCCGCAAGUUUGAGGGGCAAAGCCGCAAGUUCAUCAUCGCCAACGCCCGCGUGGAGAACUGCGCAGUCAUUUACUGCAACGAUGCAUUCUGUGCCAUGUGCGGGUACACACGGGCGGAGGUCAUGCAGCGACCCUGUACCUGCGACUUCCUGUACGGGCCCCGCACCACCGCAAGCUCCGCCUCCCAGAUUGCCCAGGCCCUUGUGGGAUCCGAGGAGCGGAAGGUGGAGAUUGCCUUUUACCGCAAGGAUGUCUUUGGUUCCGUAGGGAGUUGUUUCCUGUGUUUGGUGGAUGUGGUUCCUGUGAAGAACGAGGACGGAUCAGUCAUUAUGUUCAUUCUGAACUUUGAGGUGGUGAUGGAGAAGGACCUGCUCGUCUCUCCCAACAAGGACUCCAAUCACAAAGUGCAGUCCCACUGGUUCCCUUCAGGUCGGGGCAAGUCAUUUAAGCUGAAACUCCCAGCGUUACUGGCCCUUACGGGGAGCAAACAGUCUCUCCCUCAGGAGGAUCCCGAUGUGGUUGUGGUGGAUUUCUCGAAGCACAGCAGCGACACGGUGGCUUUGGAGGAGAUGAACUUGACACCCAUAAACAACUGCAUUGGCUCUCAGUCUGAGGACCAGCAGGCGCUGAUAGGCAGCAAGGAACCCAAGGCCCCUCCUGACGAGGAAGGGAACAAGGAGUCGGCAGUGCAGUCAUCUCCCCACACAGACAAAGACCUCCUCAACCUGGACAUGUCCUUUUCCAACUGCAGCCUAUCGCGCAGUCGCUCUCGGGAGAGUUUCUACAGCAUCCGAAGGGCCUCCUCAGUAGACGAGAUUGAAGCCAUGAAAGUAGACCUGGAAAAGUUCAGAAACCGCAACUCCAGCACUGGGGCCAUGAACAAUAUCCGCGCCAAUCUUCUCAACUCCACGUCGGACUCAGACUUAAUGAGGUACAGAACCAUCAGUAAAAUCCCUCAAAUCACCCUGAACUUUGUGGACUUUAAAGGAGACUCAUUCCUGACCUCCCCAUCCAAUGAAAAGGAGAUCAUUGCCCCCAGCAAGCUGAAGGACCGAACACACAAUGUCACAGAGAAGGUCACUCAGGUCCUGUCUCUGGGGGCGGAUGUGCUGCCGGAGUACAAGUUGCAGGCCCCCCGUAUACACAAAUGGACCAUACUCCAUUACAGCCCAUUUAAAGCCGUCUGGGAUUGGCUGAUCCUGCUGCUGGUUAUCUACACGGCCAUCUUUACCCCGUACUCUGCUGCUUUCCUAUUGGGCGACCAGGAGGAGGCGGAGAAUGAGCAGUGUGGCUACUCCUGCAACCCGCUGAGUGUGGUGGAUCUGAUAGUCGAUAUUAUGUUUAUUAUCGAUAUUCUGAUCAACUUCCGAACCACCUACGUCAACACCAAUGAGGAGGUAGUGAGCCACCCGGGGAAGAUUGCCAUCCACUACUUCAAGGGCUGGUUCCUUAUCGACAUGGUCGCCGCCAUUCCCUUCGAUCUACUCAUAUUUGGCUCUGGGUCGGAGGAGAUAAAGAGACCUGACGAAGGAGCAAACAAAGAGACCACAACUCUGAUUGGUCUUUUGAAAACUGCCCGCCUCCUGCGCUUGGUACGAGUGGCCCGCAAGCUGGACCGCUACUCUGAGUAUGGCGCAGCCGUUCUCUUUCUUCUCAUGUGCACGUUUGCUCUCAUCGCUCACUGGUUGGCUUGCAUCUGGUACGCCAUUGGCAACAUGGAGCACUAUGACCAGGAGUAUCGUCCUAUUGGUUGGCUGUACUCCUUGGGCAUCCAGAUCAUGAAGCCCUACAACAGCACCAAUGCAAAGUCUGGCCCUUCCAUCAAUGACAAGUAUGUGACUGCUCUCUACUUCACCUUCAGCAGCCUGACCAGCGUGGGGUUUGGAAACGUGUCCCCAAAUACAAACUCUGAGAAGAUCUUCUCCAUCUGUGUCAUGCUGAUUGGAUCGCUCAUGUACGCCAGUAUUUUUGGGAAUGUGUCGGCAAUCAUCCAGCGUUUGUACUCUGGGACAGCAAGGUACCACACUCAAAUGCUGCGUGUUAGAGAGUUCAUCCGUUUCCAUCAGAUCCCAAACCCUCUCCGCCAGCGCCUGGAGGAAUAUUUCCAGCACGCCUGGUCAUAUACCAACGGCAUCGACAUGAACGCAGUUUUGAAGGGGUUUCCCGAGUGCCUUCAGGCUGAUAUCUGUCUGCACCUAAAUCGAAGCCUUCUGCAGAACUGCAAGCCAUUCAAGGGUGCCACCAAAGGUUGUCUUCGGGCUCUUGCCAUGAAAUUCAAGACCACCCAUGCUCCUCCUGGUGACACCCUGGUCCAUGCUGGCGAUGUGCUCACUGCUGUCUACUUUCUGUCCCGUGGAUCCAUAGAAAUCUUGCGUGGGGAUGUAGUGGUGGCCAUUCUAGGUAAAAAUGAUAUUUUUGGAGAACCUAUAAAUCUCUAUGCCCGGCCUGGAAAAUCGAAUGCAGAUGUGCGAGCCUUGACCUACUGUGACCUCCACAAGAUUCAUCGGGAAGACUUGCUGGAAGUGCUAGACAUGUAUCCCGAAUUCUCUGACUACUUCUGGUCCAGCCUGGAGAUCACAUUUAAUCUGCGAGAUACCAACAUGAUUCCUGGAUCUCCAAGCAGCGAUGACUCCGACAGUGGGUUCAACCGGCUGAGGCGGCGCAAGCUUUCCUUUCGGAGGAGAACAGAUAAAGAUGCUGAAAAUGCCGGGGAGGCCAAGAGGAGCCAGAGGAUGGGGCGCCUGAGUCGGAACACCCCAACAUGUGAGAGCAAAGGCUUGGACUGGGACAAGCAACUCAGUACCGGCCCAUCCAGUUCCUCUUCCAGCGAUGAUGAGAAUCCUCCUCCUUCCUCCAAUACGGUUGAAUUGUCCCCCACACGAGCAAUGUUCACCAACAGUAGCUUCUCUGUGCCUCGUGGGUCGGAGGCUGAGGGGGAUAACGGCACAGCAGACGUGUGUAACCACCUAUCAGGAGCUUUUUCUGGGGUAUCGAAUAUCUUUAGCUUUUGGGGUGACAGAGCAGGAGGCCAGUACCAGGAGCUGCCACGUUGCACCAUCCCUGCCCAUACAGCCCUGGGUGGCACUGCCCCUUCCAUGAGCCGACGGCAGAAAUGUGAGAUUGGGAACAGGUUGGAUGUUCUGCAGAAGCAACUGAACAGGUUGGAGAGUCGGAUGGUGACGGACAUUAAUACUAUCAUGCAGCUGCUACAGAAACAAGCGGCCCUGGUGCCCCCCGCAUACAGUACUGUAUCCUCCCCCCCACAGAUCCCAGGUUACCCCCCGGGGGGAGAUCACAUUGUACAACCAAACCUUGCGGGACUGUCUCAAACACUGGCGUCAAUUUCUCAGGUUUAUGAAUACCAGGAGUUGGAGGGGCAGCGGUUGGAUCUGUGUGAAAUGCCCCUGGUACCACAGCCUGUGAAUACUGAGCCCAGGGACAGCCCACGGCGCCGCUCUCUUCCGGGGCACCUUGAAGACCCCUUGGAUUUGCGGACCCCACAGAGGCACUCGUCUGACCCGGGCAGUUAGGGACAGACUGGAGGCGCCUUUGUCAGACUCAUGUCACAAGCCACAUUCUGGCACAGACAGAGAUCUUGCCAGGAAUCUUGUGUAGCCGAUGCCCAACAUGGAGCCCAACAUGGAGCCCAACAUGGAGCAGCCCUGCCGGUACCAUAGAAGCUGAAUUCCCUCACCCAGGAGGAGGGGUCAGAAAGGCAUUUCUCCACUUGUUCCAGACAAGGAUGAUGUUUGGGGCACGCAUGGCUCUUAGCUGCACCCCAACAUUAUAAUGAACCCCACUUCCUUCUUCUCAUCUCCCUACGUUGGACGCUCUAGCGCCUGGGGCGGUACCAAGUGACUGUAGCAGAAGGUCCAGAUGGAAGGAGCAGGUUGUCUGCUGAGCCCACGAUGGGCUGGGAGUGAGGAGCUUGGAAGGAAAUCCUUGUACUAUAUGUAUGUGACUAUACUGCCCCCCCAUGUAGCACUGCCCCCCCAUGUAGCACUGCCCCCAUUAUUACUCUCACACCGAGCUGAAUGUUGUGUGUAGAACUCUUGGGAAGUCGCAGAAACCCACCGGGAUCUGGUUCUGAGGAAUAUUACUCUCGACUCCCAACAAUAGGGAUUCUGCUGUCUCUUUAAUGCUCUGAAACACUUGUAGGAACUGUCGGACCGACCCUACAGUAUAAGCAGGGGGGCCCCCUGUACUGGGAACUGUCCCCUCAAUGUUCUGCAUUGUCUUUCUCUCUGUCUCUCUCUCUGUCUCUCUCUCUGUCUCUCUCUGUCUCUCUCUGUCUCUCACUGUCUCUCUCUCUGUCUCUUUCUCGUGUCUCCGCACUUCCUACAUUUUGCUCUUGUUGCGCAGUGUGUCUGCCAAGCUGAAAAGUCCAUUCAUCAUAAUGGUGUCAUAAUCACAGCAGGGUGUUCAUCUCAUUCUGCCCCAACAUCUGCAUGCAAGAAUAUGGGGUUGUGUCCCCCUA